GCCAUCGUCACCAAAAAGGAGUGGUAAAUACAUAAAUAAAUAAAUAAAUAACAAUUAAAAAUGAAAGAAAAAAGCGCGUGUUCUUGUCUUAUCGCUUAAUUAAUUUAUUAACAAGUCAGAAGCUGAUCGAUCGGAUCGAAUUAGAUCGGAUCCCGAUGAGGCAUCGGUUGUUCUUGUCCCAUCUAUGAUCGCGGUGUUGGAUCUGUUGUUUAUGUUGAAGGGAUUAUGGAUUUGUGAUCCGGAGUAGAUGGAGAAAAUGCGGCUGAUUUUUAUCUCAUCUUGAGAUCCGAUCCCUUUCCUUCUUCUUCUUCAAAGAUUUUAAUCUCUUUCUGACUAACGGACUGCUGAUAACCAAUCAUUUUCGUUCUCUUUGGAUUGCUGAAGAAGUAAAUUCGAUGUCUGCAAAGAGAUGCUGCAAGAUCGAAGUAAAAAAGAGUAUGGUGAUGGCAAUAGAUACAAAAUUCAGGACGUUAUCGGUAAAGGAAAUUACAGAGUCGUGUGUUCAGCAAUUGAUACACAAUGGGGAGAAAGUUGCAAUCAAGAAGAUACAUGAUAUCUUUGAGCACAUCUCUGAUGCUGCUCAGAUUCUUCGUGAGAUCAAUCUCCUUAGGCUUUUAAGACACCCCGACAUUGUAGAGAUUAAACAUGUUAUGCUACCCCCAUCAAGUAGGGAUUUCAAAGAUAUUUAUGUUGUUUUUGAGCUCAUGGAAUUAGAUCUUCAUCAAAUUAUCAAGGCUAAUGAUGACUUGACAAAAGAACAUUAUCAGUUUUUUCUUUAUCAGCUUUUACGUGCUCUGAAAUACAUCCACACAGCAAAUGUUUAUCACCGUGAUUUAAAGCCGAAGAACAUACUAGCAAAUGCAAAAUGUAAACUUAAAAUCGGUGAUUUCGGAUUAGCAAGAGUCGCAUUCAGUGAUACUCCUACAACAAUACUUUGGACGGAUUAUGUUGCAACCGGAUGGUAUAGAGCACUUGAGCUGUGUGGAUCAUUUUUCUCUAAGUACAUCCCUGCUAUUGAUAUAUUGAGUAUAGGUUGUAUUUUCGCUGAGGUAUUGACUGGGAAGCCACUAUUUCCGGGGGAAAAUGUGGUUCACCGAUUGGAUCUAAUGACAGAUCUUCUUGGCACACCUUCUUUAGAUACCAUAUCUUGGGUUCGCAAUGAGAAGGCGAGAUGAUACUUGAGCGGUAUGAGAAAGAACCAACCUAUACCAUUUGCGCAAAAGUUUCCUAAUGUAGAUCCUCUAGUGCUGAAAUUAUUGGAAAGACUUCUAGCAUUUGAUCCGAAGAACCGUCCUACUGCUGAAGAGGCACUGGCAUAUCCAUAUUUCAAGGGUUUGGCUAAAGUGGAGAGAGAACAAUCUUGUCAACCCAUAAUGAAAAUGGAGUUUGAGUUUGAAAGAAGAAAAGUGACUGAAGAAGACAUUCAGGAGCUUAUAUUCUGGGAAAUAUUGGAAUAUCACCCACAGUUGCUCGAGGACUAUAUUAAUGGAUCUGACAGGACAAGUUUUCUUUAUCUUAGUGCUGUUGAUCAAUUUCAGAAGCAAUUUUCUCAUCUUCAGGAGAAUGGAGGUGAAAGUGGCCCAGUUGUUCCACUAGAGAGGAAACAUGUUCCUCUCCCAAGGUAA